AUGGACACCGGCUACUCGCCGCACGACUCGCACGCGGCAGCCGCUGCUCCAGACACUUCCCGACGUCAAGAGCGCUCCCCACCCCUCGUCCCGCUUCCUGCACAGGCUGGGGGCUACCAUCACGAGGAGCGGGAAGCAGAAGUUCAGCGAGGAUCGUAUGCGGGCGGCGCAGAGCGGGCGAGCUAUCCAGGCGAUGCAUACGGCCGACCUCCUGCUGGACAGCCUUCAGUCGCAGCGUACUAUGUCCGUCCGCCUGAGGAUCCUUACCGACGGUACCCUCCAGCUCCUUCACCGUACGACUACCCGCCUCGAGCCGACUACUACAGCGCCAGCGCAGCUCCUCCUCCCCCUCCGGCAGAUUACUAUCGACAGCCCGCCCCUCCUGCACCGUACCGCGACCCAUACAGCUACCCUCCUCGAGGUCCCUACGAGCAGUCAUACCCGCCACGGCAGGCGAGCUACCCUGCCUAUCCGCCUCACACGCCAUCUCGCGAUUUGUAUCCCGGUCGCGACCACUACACACCGUCGACCUCCUCUUCAUAUCCGCCCCGCGACGCCCUUCCGCCUCGAACCGAGUCUCUCGAUGCCUCGAAACCCUACGACCUCGGUCCUCACCCCGACCCGAACGCCCUGUCUAUCCCGCUCCUCUACCUCGCCCGCGUCAUCUCGCUCAAGACCUUCACCGCCCUUCAGCCCAAGUUCGCCAACCUCGACCUUCGCUUCGUCUACUCGUUGCUCGACUUGUCGUCCGAACUGCACGCAGCAUCCACUGAGCCGCCUGAUUCGCUCGGCGACAAGCGACGAGUCUGGAUCACCGCAGUUGGUGGAACGGACUCGCUCGUCGCUCGCGUCAAGAGCAACACGCCCGAGGUGCUCGACUGGCGAGAGGUGGACGACUUGCAGGAGCUCGAGCGCGAGUUGGCGGAGGAGGACAGGAGGGUUGCGCUUGCGAGGGAGAAGGGCGGGAAAGAGGCGGACGACGAGAGGGAGCGAAGUCGGACGCUCGAUGAUGAGGAAGUUGAGCGGGAGAAGGGCAGGCGCGAGAUUGAGGAGUUCGAGCGGAAGAGGCGUUUCGGCGAGGCCGGCGGAAUGAGGAGCGAAGCGGACGAGCUGGACGAGGUUCUCCGUGCCGUGCGCGGGGAGAGCACUGGGACGAGCCCCGCUUCUGGCGCUGCCACUUCGCCCUCUGUCCUGCCCUGGUCGGACGGCGCGCAGAUGCCACCUCCGCCGCUGCAAGCCAUCGACUUCGCUGCGCCUGUGCACCAGAACAGCACCGCGCGCCAUGCAUCGGAGGACGCACAUUCGACCGAUCGCACCGACAGUCAGUCCCCAAAGCGCGCGAGGAAGCGGUCGAGGCAUGACAGCGACACGGUGCAUGACGACGAGCACGAGAAGCGUCGAGCGCUGCGCAAGAAGCUAGAGGCUGUCUGCAAGACGCCGCGCCGGAGCUGCGCAGCAUUCGCGGCCGAGCAUGGCAUCCCUGUCAACGAGGAAACUCGCCUGGCGGACGACGAGCCUCAGCUGGGCGAGCGUCACAGGGGCAACUGGGACCUCUUUGGCCAGGAGCUUGACGACGUCUCGCCCCAGAUUCAGGUUCUCAUGGCCCGAGCGAUGCGCGACAUCACCUACUCGCCUCGACUGCGCUUGUACGACCACCCAGAAGCGCUCGAAAUGCUGCACGCGGCCGUGCCAUGGUUUACGACUCUGCUCGACACGAUCAAGGACCGCUACGAGCUUGCUGGAGCGGCUUCCGUCGCGCCGCAAGAUCCGCCUCUUGGCGACACUUUCGCUUUCCUGCCCGAGAGCAGCACUCAAGUUCCGACCCUCGCCUCACUCGCCCUCGCUACAGGCACUGACUCGGUCAGUGCGAUGGCAACCGAAGCGCCACCACCUUGA